GUAUUCACCUUCAUUUAAAAGAGCAAACUUUAGGGCAAACGAAGAAAGGUAACUUCGAAGAAGAGAAUUUGGGAGCAAAAGCGAAGUGAAGGAGAUGGUGCUUCCUGAUGAAGAAAUUUCGAGGCUCUUCCGAAUCAGGAAGACGGUGAUGCAGAUGCUGAGGGACAGAGGCUUCCUGGUGGGGGACUUCGAGAUCAACAUGUCCAAGCACGAGUUCAAAUCCAAGUACGGCGAGCACAUGAAACGUGAGGACCUCGUUAUCAACAAGUCCAAGAAGGACAACUCCGGCGACCAGAUCUACGUCUUCUUCCCGGAGGAGGCCAAGGUCGGCGUCAAAACCAUGAAGACUUACACUAACCGCAUGAACUCCGAAAACGUCUACAGAGCCAUUCUCGUCACUCAGACCAACCUUACCCCCUUCGCCAGAACCUGCAUCAGCGAAAUCUCUUCCAAAUUUCACUUGGAGGUUUUUCAGGAGGCGGAGCUGCUGGUGAAUAUUAAAGAGCAUGAACUUGUCCCUGAACAUCAGGUUCUCACUGAUNCCCUAAAUAACAACUGA